ACGUAGGCACUCGUGGCUGCUGGGAAACCCACCGACUCACCCUGGGGUCCGUCACAAACGACCUCCGCUGGGACCAGGUCUCUGGCCCCUCCCAAGGACCAUGCUGCAGCCCCACUGACCCAGGAGUAGGGGCCUGAGGGGGCACCUGGAAUGGGCUGUGUGUUCUGCAAGAAGUCGGAGCCGGGGCCCAAGGAGGAUGUUGGCCUGGAAGGGGACUUCAGGAGCUACGGGGCCGCAGACCGCUAUGGCCCUGACCCUACUCAGGCCCGGCCUGUGUCCUCCUUUGCCCAUAUCCCCAACUAUAACAACUUCUCCCCUCAGCCCACCAGCCCCGCCUUCCUCGAUGGGGGCACCAUCACGGGCAUCUCAGGAACUGGGGUGACCCUGUUCAUCGCCCUGUAUGACUAUGAGGCCCGGACAGAAGAUGACCUCACCUUCAUGAAGGGUGAGAAGUUCCACAUCCUGAACAGCAAUGAAGGUGACUGGUGGGAGGCUCGGUCACUCAGCUCCGGACAAACUGGCUACAUCCCCAGCAAUUAUGUGGCCCCUGUGGACUCCAUCCAGGCUGAAGAGUGGUACUUUGGAAAGAUGGGAAGGAAGGACUCGGAGAGGCUGCUGCUCUCCUCUGGCAACCCCCAGGGAGCCUUUCUCAUUCGGGAGAGCGAGACGACAAAAGGCGCCUACUCUCUGUCCAUCCGGGAUUGGGACCAGGCCAGGGGCGAUCACGUGAAACAUUACAAGAUCCGAAAGCUGGACACGGGUGGCUACUACAUCACUGCGCGGGCCCAGUUUGACUCGGUGCAGGAGCUGGUGCAGCACUACAUGGAGGUGAACGACGGGCUGUGCCACCUGCUCACAGCGGCCUGCACUACCAUGAAACCACAAACGCUGGGGCUGGCCAAGGACGCCUGGGAGAUCAGCCGCAGUUCCAUCACGCUCGAGCGCCGUCUGGGCACCGGUUGCUUCGGGGAUGUGUGGCUGGGCAUGUGGAACUCUAGCACGAAGGUGGCGGUGAAGACGCUGAAGCCCGGCACCAUGUCCCCGAAGGCCUUCCUGGAGGAGGCGCAGGUCAUGAAGUUGCUGCGACACGACAAGCUGGUGCAGCUGUACGCCGUGGUGUCGGAGGAACCCAUCUACAUUGUGACGGAGUUCAUGUGCCAUGGUAGCUUGCUGGAGUUCCUCAAAGACCAAGAGGGCCAGGAUUUGAGGCUGCCCCAGUUGGUGGACAUGGCAGCCCAGGUGGCUGGGGGCAUGGCCUACAUGGAGCGCAUGAACUACAUCCACCGUGACCUGAGGGCAGCCAACAUCCUGGUGGGGGAGCAGCUGGUGUGCAAGAUCGCUGACUUUGGGCUGGCUCGGCUCAUCGAGGACGACGAGUACAACCCCCGACAAGGGGCCAAGUUUCCCAUCAAGUGGACGGCCCCAGAGGCUGCCCUUUAUGGCAGAUUCACCAUCAAAUCAGAUGUGUGGUCCUUUGGAAUCCUACUCACUGAACUCAUCAGCAAGGGCCGAGUCCCUUACCCAGGCAUGAAUAAUCGGGAAGUGUUGGAGCAGGUGGAGCAUGGCUACCACAUGCCGUGCCCCCCAGGCUGCCCAGUAUCCCUGUAUGAGGCCAUGUUGCAGACCUGGCGUCUGGAUCCAGAGGAGAGGCCUACGUUCGAGUACCUGCAGUCCUUCCUGGAGGACUACUUCACCUCCUCAGAACCCCAGUACCAGCCUGGGGAUCAGGCAUAGCCUGUUUGGGCACCCGUCACCUCACUGAGGGGUACCCACCAGGCCCUUUUCAACCCCCCAGGCCCUGGUCCCAAAGCCCCCAGGGUCAUAGCAUGUCAGAGCAAGCAGGAUGCUCUGACACCAUUGAGGGCAACCACUCAUUUUAAAGAUGGGCAAAUCAAGGCUCAGAGAUGAUCCCUCACCCAGUGUAGCCACAGGCACUAUUUCUCUCCUUACAAUUUAGGACCGUAUAUGCCUCUGGUCUCCCUACUCCUCCCCUCCCCCCAAAAAAGAAAUGCUCAGACCUUAUCUAGUUAUUUAUAAAACUAUAUCCUUUCCCUCACCUCCCAUCCCUGCAUUCCUACUUUGUCAUCCCACCCUGGUCCAGGACCCCAGAAUUCACCUCCUACUCAAUUCUCUUGUGACUGUAGGUUACAAAGGGAGGGGAAAACUUUGCUGGAUCCCUUUCCCACUGGGUGUACCCUGUAGUCCAGGACUGAGGUCCAAGGCCCAGACUGAGGAAGAGGGUUGCUGAGGGCUCCCUUCCCCGAAUCAUGUGUGUGUGUUUAUUGAUUUUGUAAAUAAGAAAAAUGACAAUAUGAAUCCUUGAGCUAUGAAAAUUCCUUCCUUUGGGAGGGAUGGUGGU